AAAACAUCAAAAAUAAGGGAAGGCACACCACAACUCCCUUCCCUCAUCUUCGUGCCCUCUUCUUCCAACUAGAUUUCCCUCUCCACCUCUUCUUUCCUUCCCCUGGAGGAAAGCAGAGCCACAGACCUCAGCUGCCACCCUUGAAAGAUGGCAGUUUGCGCAGCGAGCACCACCCCUUCCCUUCGCUCCCCCUGCUGCGCGUCCAACCCAACGAAGACUUACUUCGGAUUCAGCCAGAGGCAGCAGGUCAUCUUCUACACCGGGGGGAGGAGAAGCAGCGGGAGGGGAGGAAAGAAUAAUUCACAGGCCUUCUAUUGCUCUGCCGAGGCUCAGACGGUGGUGAUCGGACUGGCAGCAGACUCGGGGUGUGGGAAGAGCACCUUCAUGAGGAGGAUGACCAGUGUGUUCGGAGGGGCAGCAGAACCACCCAGGGGAGGGAACCCAGACUCCAACACUUUGAUCAGCGACACCACCACAGUGAUAUGUUUGGAUGACUACCACUCCUUGGACAGGACUGGGAGGAAGGAGAAGGGAGUGACAGCUUUGGACCCCAGGGCCAACAACUUCGACCUCAUGUAUGAGCAGGUGAAGGCCCUCAAGGAAGGGGUGCCUGUGGAGAAGCCUAUCUACAACCAUGUCACCGGUCUGCUUGACCCCCCCGAGCUCAUCCAGCCUCCCAAGAUCCUCGUCAUUGAAGGACUGCAUCCAAUGUAUGAUCCUCGUGUGAGGGAUCUCUUGGACUUCAGCAUCUAUUUGGACAUCAGCAAUGAGGUCAAGUUUGCAUGGAAAAUCCAGAGAGAUAUGGCUGAACGCGGGCAUAGUCUUGAAAGCAUUAAAGCUAGCAUUGAGUCUCGAAAACCUGACUUUGAUGCCUACAUUGACCCACAGAAGCAAUAUGCUGAUGCUGUGAUUGAUGUUUUGCCAACCCAAUUGAUUCCUGAUGACAAUGAAGGGAAAGUGUUGCGGGUUCGCUUGAUUAUGAAAGAAGGGUCGAAGUAUUUCAGCCCAGUUUACCUCUUUGAUGAAGGCUCCACCAUCUCUUGGAUACCCUGUGGGAGGAAACUGACUUGCUCAUACCCCGGAAUCAAAUUCUUCUAUGGCCCAGAUGCCUACUUCUCCCAUGAGGUUUCUGUGUUGGAGAUGGAUGGGCAGUUUGACAAAUUAGAUGAGCUCAUAUAUGUGGAGAGCCAUCUUAGCAACAUCUCAACCAAGUUCUAUGGGGAGGUGACGCAACAGAUGUUGAAGCAUGCCGACUUCCCAGGCAGCAACAAUGGGACUGGUCUCUUCCAAACUAUCAUCGGUUUGAAAAUAAGAGAUCUGUACGAACAGAUCAUCACAGAGAAGGCAGCUGCUCCUGCAGAAGCAGCAAAAGUUUAAUAGUCCAUAUUUGCAUAGUCAAAUUCAAAUUUUCUUCUCAUAUUUGACCUCCUAAAAUGACAUAACCAGUAUGUUUAUCUCAUGCAAUUUAUAUAGUAUCUGUAACAAAGAAGCAGGAGAGAAAGUAAUGUGGCAAAUCCCCGUCUGAUUGUAAGCAUUGGGGUUUAUCCAAAUCCCCACUCCCUGAGUGAAUUCUGAUCUCAAUCACGAUUUCCUUAGAAAUCAAAUGCAUUUUUCGAUGGAA